AUGGCAUUCCCAGAGCCCAGACCAACGAAGCCCGAGCUGCCUCGGAAGUCCGUGCGGAGCCUGCACUGCCGCCAGGGAGCCUUGCGGGCCGUGAGCUUCAAUGUUGAUGGGCGAUACUGCCUGACCUGUGGCAGUGACAAGUCCCUCUCCCUAUGCAGCCCACUGCGGGGGACCUUGCUGCGGAUCUACAGUGGCCACGGGGCCGAGGUGCUGGACGCUGCAGGCUCAUUUGACAACAGCCGCCUGUGCUCUGGGGGAUGCGACCGAGCUGUUCUGUUUUGGGAUGUGGCAUCAGGCCAGAUUCUUCGAAAAUUCCGGGGCCAUGCAGGGAAGGUGAAUUGUGUUCAGUUCAAUGAAGAAGCCACGGUGAUUGUGUCUGGCUCCAUCGAUUCCAGCGUCCAAUGCUGGGACUGCGGGUCACAACGCCCCGACCCUGUCCAGAUCCUAGAUGAAGCCAAAGAUGGUAUAUCCAGUAUAAAGUUGUCAGACCAUGAAAUCCUAGCAGGUUCUGUGGAUGGACGGUCACGACGCUAUGACCUUCGGAUGGGAGAGCUGGCUGCAGACUAUGUGGCAAGUCCCAUCACUUGUGUGUGCUUUAGCAAAGAUGGCCAGUGCACACUCGUCUCCAGCCUUAACUCUACCCUUCGACUUCUAGACAAAGACACAGGGGAGCUGCUUGGAGAGUACACAGGGCACAAGAAUCGUGAAUACAAGCUGGAUUGCUGCCUGAGCAAGCGCGAUACCCAUGUGGUCAGUGCCUCUGAGGAUGGAAACGUCUUCUUCUGGGACCUGGUGGAGGGCACUCUGGCUUUGACCCUGCCUGUGGGCCAAGGUGUAGUCCAGUCUCUGGCCUUCCACCCCACCGAGCCCUGCCUGCUGACUGCCUCAGAAGGUACUGUCCAGUGCUGGCGAGAAGAAUCUUUUGUAGCAGAAGAUGACCUGAUGACUUGAGAGGCAGCACAGACAUACCUGCAUGGGACGCAUGGACUUUAUUGGCCUUAGGGAUGUGUACCAUUACCUGCCCCAAAAGAAACCUGUAUCCCAGGCCUAGGUAUUCGCUAACCUUGGCCAGGGCACAAUGAAAGUUGGGGAUGUCUGGAGAGUAACUGUGAGACAAUAAAUAGGAGGAGUCAUAUCCCAGAACCGGCAGCUUCCAGAAAAAAAGAAAAGAAAAAAAGAAACUACCUUUAUAACCAUCAUUUGACAACAUUUCUUCCAUUGAGGUUUGUGCUAAACAAGAAAUUUAUCACCCAAUUCAGAUCCUGCUAGCCAUUAUCUACUGACCCCAAGGACAACUUCCUUCCAUUCUCAAUGAGUUCAGUGCCCAACUCUCAGUCCUUUUUCCACCUCAUCUUGCCCUCAUAUUAGGGGACAUAUAUUGAUGGUCUUUCAAAUCCCCUAAC